AUGCGAUUCAUUAUCCCAAUAGUCCUGUCCUUCGCAGGCCAUGCGGCUGCAGACUGUGAAUGCGGCUAUUCAUCCUCCAUCGGCGACUCUGUGGAACCUUACAUCUUUACUGACCUUAUCGAGUCUGACUUCUUGCACAUUCCCAAUAUCACUCUUGAUUCGGACUGGAGACGACAACAGUUUAAUAUGUCGGCUGCUGCUGGACGUGGUCCUUACGGUAUGAACUACAGCAUUGAACAGGUCACGUCAAAUCCUAUACUUAAUGAGAAUACAUGGUCUGGAGAUGGGGAAUUUGGCGUUGAUCCUGGUGUACAGCUCACCGUUAGUGGAGGUGAUCCUGCCAAUGGAUUUGUUCAGACUGCGGAGAUAGAUUCUGCCCGUGAAGAUUUACUCUGGGGAACAUACAGAGCUGCUAUGAAAUUGACCUUAGCUCCUGGUACAUGUGCUGCUUUCUUCUGGUACUUUAACGACAGCCAAGAGAUUGAUAUGGAGUUUCUUUCUUCCCAGUUUGACGUUGAAAACAAUACAUUCCCUGUCAAUCUUGUUCUACAAUCGGUGCAGUCAGUCCAAGCUGGCUACAAUGCUGCCGGCACUGGCAACUAUGUUGUGGCAAACCUUCCCUUUAACCCGACUACUGGCUACCACGAAUAUCGUAUCGACUUUAUCCCAGGAAAUGUCAUAUUUUAUGCCGAUGGGCAAAUCCUGGCAGAGAUGAACAGCACCGCAGUUCCGACAUCGCCUGGUCAUAUGAUUAUCACACAAUGGAGCAAUGGGAACCCUUUGUGGUCCUCAGGUCCGCCGUCACACGAUGCGGUCAUCUCUGUUAGCUAUGUGAAAGCCUACUUUAAUUCCUCGGAUCCAAUGCGCGAGAUAGGUCUGACAAAACGAUGCAAAGACCCUAGGGCUGAGAAUGCCGUUUGUGCCAUUCCAGACCAAACUUCAGCCCCCAAUCCGGAUGGAAACAAUGGUAAUGUUUCAGCAAGUACAUAUUUCUUCAGCAACCAAAAGAAUGAGACGAACAAUCAGACAGUGUACAAAAAGAGCGAAGCUACCACGGCAGCAACCGCUGGACCUCAUGGCUCGAUAUCUCUUUUCCUUCUCCUUUCUAUGAUCGCCAUCGCCUUGCUAUGA